AUGGCUGUGUUGAACUCAAUGCGUGGAUUUUCGAAGAGGAAAAUGAAGCGCCAAAAGCAGUAUCGUCGCAGGACAAGCCUGAUGAAAAAGGCCUACGAAUAUAGCAAGAUGUGUGACGCAGAUGUAUGCGUAGCUCCGAAGUUGAUUACGGAUCGGGACCUAGAGGAGGCUAGGGAUGACGCAAAUAUUACUAUCGGACAAUGA